GCCGCCGGCCCCAGGAGCCCGUGACUGCCGGGCGGCGGCAGGGAGCCCGGGCGGGCUGGCGGCAGCGCCCUUCCCUUCCUGCCCCGCACGGCCGCGCCAUGCGGGCCCCGCAGCUCAGGCGGCUCCUGCAGCCCCCGUGGCGCGGGCAGGGGGCGGCGGGGGGCACCGCAGCCUGCCCCGCCGCACCGCGGCCUUGCUUCGCCGCCGGCCCUGCCCCUCGGAGGGCGUCCAGCCGCCACAAGGAGGGACCAGAAGCCGCCGCGACCAGCGAGCCCGGCCCCGGGGGCGGGGAGCGGCCCCGCCGGGAGCCUCUCGCCAUGCCCGUCUCCGAGGCAGCCCCGCAGCCGUCCCCCGGCAAGAGGCAGAAGGGCUCGGUGCCCGAGGAGCGCCCCGCACGGCUGCGCUUCACGAAGCUGUCCCAGAACGCCUUCGCCCCCUCCAGGGGCUCUGCUCGGGCUGCGGGCUACGAUCUCUACAGUGCCUAUGACUGCGUGAUACCACCCAUGGAAAAGGCUGUAGUGAAAACAGACAUUCAAAUUGCACUUCCUGCUGGAUGCUAUGGCCGAGUGGCACCACGUUCUGGUUUAGCUGCAAAGCACUUCAUAGAUGUUGGUGCUGGUGUUAUUGAUGAGGAUUACAGGGGAAAUGUUGGCGUGGUACUCUUCAACUUUGGCAAGGAGACUUUUCAAGUUAAAAAAGGAGAUAGGAUUGCCCAGCUCAUCUGUGAGCGCAUUUGCUAUCCUGAGCUAGAAGAAGUUCAAGCUCUAGAUGAUACAGAACGUGGCGAAGGUGGCUUUGGUUCUACUGGAAAGAACUGAAAAAUAUUUGAAUAUGUUUUGUAGCAGUCUUCCUAAAUUUUAAUUUGAAUUAGAUGUGAAAUGUUUUAUGCACUCCAAAAUCCCAAGUUUUAUUAAGACUUGUCUGUAUUUGUCCUCCUGUCCGAUUUUACAGGCAGUGAAGUCAUCUGCAUUAUGGGGAAAUGUGCAUGAUUGAUUUGAUUGAGUAGUUGAUGGAUAAUGUUUUCUUUUUUAGAUGUUUGGUCCUUAGUAAUAAGAACUCAUUGUUUAUGUGCUUAUUAUACUCUAAAAAAUAAAAAAAUAGAAAGUCAA